AUGGCACGUCUUCUGAGCCAGGAGAUUGCGCUGUUUCAGCGAUGUAUGUACAAGAACCACAGUCAACACCGCCGCGCCUUCUUCUUCCAAAACCUGCAGCAGGUGAAGCGGUGUCUUCGCGAUUUCAAAGUGGAGACUCUUACGGCCACGUUUGCAGAGGCUGCAAGUGUCUUGAAGCAAUUGGAACUGAAAGAAGGAGCGCACCACAUUUCUUGGAAAAUACUGGCUUCAGAUCUCAAGGUCAGCUCGGAUGGCGUGCUUCGGAAGCUGGUGGUGAUGGCUCAGGCAACUGCGGAAGUGAUUCGAGCAGCCCAGAAGGCGUACAAAGCUCUGAUGGUGCAGUUCACAAUGACAUACUUCAUGCCGUUCGUGCUCACAAUGAAUAGCAUCCUCGCACGCCUGACUAUGCUGUUGAAGACGGUGCUUGUACGAGGUAUUGAGCUUCAUGGCGGAGUAACACUGCUGUAUUUAAACGAGGUGACAAAGUCGAAUCCGCUGCGUGCCAAGACCUCUGCCGUGCAGCUCCGGGGGUACCAGAUUCCCAGCGACGUUCUCCGAAUCGCCAACGCAUAA